ACCCUUUGGGUCGGCAACCUCGGCUGGGGCGUUGAUGACAAUGCCUUGUACGAGGAGUUCCAGAACAUCGAGGGCAUCGUUGGUGCCCGCGUCGUCACCGAUAAGGAGUCCGGUCGCUCUCGUGGUUUCGGCUACGUCGACUUCGAGACUCCCGAAGCCGCCCAGAAGGCUUACGACGAGAAGAGCGGUGCCUUUCUCCAGGGCCGUGACUUGCGCCUCGACUUUGCUUCGAAGCCUAGCGCCGAUGCCGCGCCCAAUGCUCGCGCUGCCGAGCGCGCCAAGAAGCACGGCGAUGUAACCAGUCCCGAGAGCGACACCCUAUUUGUCGGCAACCUGCCCUUCAGCGCCGAUGAGGACUCUGUCUCCACCUUCUUCAACGAGGUCGCUCAGGUCCAGAGCCUUCGGAUUCCGACCGAUCAGGAGUCUGGUCGCCCCAAGGGCUUUGCCUACGUGACUUUCAGCUCUGUGGAGGAUGCCAAGUCCGCUUUUGAGGCUCUCAACGGCUCCAGCCUUGAUGGCCGGCCCGUCCGUCUGGACUUCGCCAAGCCCCGUGACAACAAUGGUGGCGGCGGCUUUGGUGGCGGCCGCGGUGGUGGCCGUGGUGGCUUCGGCGGUCGUGGUGGUGGUCGCGGCGGCUUUGGUGACCGUGGUGGCCGCGGUCGUGGUGGUGGCCGUGGGGGUGGCCGUGGUGGAUUCGGCGGGAACCGUGGGGGCGGUGGUUUCCAGGGCAAGAAGAUCACUUUUUAA